AUGUUACUAUUAUUGAAGAAAGUAAACGUGUCGUGUCUAAAUUUUCGGAACAAAAAAUGUUUUCUGCUUUUCAGAUCAUGCAUGAAAAAUGACAAAACUUGUAGUUCUUCCCUUGUGCCUACAAAUGAAGAAAGAAGAUCGGUGCAUCAAAGAUUAUCUACUCAUGCUCAACAAACCUUGAAGCCGAAAUAUAUUUUAAUCUGCACGUUGAACAUUGCAAAUACCUGUGCUGUGAAACCGAAAUAA